UAGAGCCGGAAACUACCCUGUCGCGCUCGCCCCAACCUCUGAACAGCACAGAAGAAGGAAGCGCUGUGUUCCCAGCCGUGUUCGGAAGUCCCUUUUCCGGGGAGCGCUCAAGCAAACAAUCCUGCCGCCGCCGACGACGACUCGAUAUUUCCCAAACGACAAAACGCAAUCAACACACACGAUGACGACGCUCGCGGGCAGUAAAACAUCGCGCGGCCACCGUUGCCCGCGGGGCAUGAUGCUGAGCCUGCUGGUCGCCGUCACGGUCGGCAUGGUGAUGGCGGCCGCGGUCGUCGUCUCGCCCGUCGAGGCGGCCGGGCUGGCCAACUGUCCGCUCGGCUGCCAGUGCGACGACGAUACGCUCGUGGUGACGUGCGGCGAGGGGCAGCUCGACGUGCUGCCGAUCGUGCUGAACCCCUCCCUGCAGCGGCUAGUCAUCAAGAACAACAAGAUCAAAACGAUCGACUCCUCCAUGCAGUUCUACGCCGAGCUGACGUUUCUCGACCUUAGCUACAACCAUCUGUUUAACAUGCCGCCGCGCACCUUCGCCUACCAGCGCAAGCUGACCGAGCUGCACCUGAACCACAACAAGGUGGGCUCGAUCACGAACAAAACGUUCGUGGGGCUGGUCGCGCUGACCGUGCUGAACCUGCGCGGCAACUUCCUGGACGAGCUGCCCGAGGGCGUGUUUGCGGGCGUGCCGAAGCUCGAGGAGCUAAACCUGGGCCAGAAUCGCAUCGCCAAGAUCGACCCGAAAGCGUUCGCCGGGCUGACCGGGCUGCGCGUGCUCUACCUGGACGACAACACGAUCAGUGCGGUACCGUCGCCGGCGCUGCAACCACUCCGAGCGCUGGGCGAGCUGUACAUCGGGCUCAACUCGUUCGCUGCCAUCCCGAAGGAAGCGUUCGCCAUGCUGACCGGGCUGACGAAGCUCGAUCUGGAGGGCGCGGCGCUGCUGAACGUGUCGCGUGACAGCUUCCGCGGGCUGGAGCGGCUCCGCACGCUCGACCUGUCGGACAAUCGGCUCGCCCGCAUCCCGACGGCCGAGCUGGCCGUGCUCGAGCGACUCGAGGAGCUGUCGCUCGGGCAGAACGAUUUCGAAGCGAUACCACCGAACGCGUUCGCGGGGCUGAACAAUCUGCGCCUGCUGGACAUAUCCGGUUCGCUCAAGCUGACACGCAUCGAGAGCGGUGCGUUUGCGCACAACACCAACCUGGAGGAGAUCGUGAUCGCCUCGAACAAGAUGCUGACCGAGGUGCAGGACGGUGCGCUGAGCGGGCUGCCCCAUCUGCGGCGCGUCGUGCUGAAGGACAACGCCCUGACGACGCUCACCGACGGGAUGCUCUCGUGGAACGAUCUGGUCGAGCUGGAUCUGUCCGAGAACUUGAUCCUGUGCGACUGCCAGAUACUGUGGCUGCGCAAUCUGCUUGUGAGUCGUAGCAAUGGAACGGUCGGAGCGGCGGCGCAACAGAUUCCGGUCGUUUGUGCCUCGCCGGACCGGCUACGCGGGCAGGUGCUGCAGAGCCUGUCGCCCGAGCUGCUCGGCUGCACGCAUCCCGACCGGCAGCAGCAGGCCAUCAUCUGCGUGGUGCUGGUGAGUGCCGCCGCCGUGCUGACGACGCUCGCCCUCGUCAUCUACAAGUGUCGCCGGCGCAUCCAGGAGGCGGUCAAGGGUAGCUGGGGCUCGAACGGGAUCGGGCGCAAGGAGCGCGAGUAUCAGAAAACGUUCUCGGAGGAGGACUACUCCGCGCGCCACCCGCAUCCGGGGCCGCCGGGCGGCGGGCUAGCGAUCCAUCCGACCACGCUCAACAACUACCAGAUCAACCACCAGCACCAUCACUCGCACGGCAUCCGGCACAUCCCGGUGACGGAACUAUAGCUAGAGGCUCCCCCUCCGCCA